AUGGAUCACAAUCUGAGGGAUGCUUCUGAACAAGGAGACAUUGACGCCUUAUACAAGUUGAUUGCAAUGGACGCAAGAGUUUUGGACAAGAUCGAUGAGAUUCCAUUUGUUGAGACCCCUUUACACAUAGCAGCAGCUGCAGGACAGACCCAAUUUGCCAUGGAGAUGAUGAUGUUAAAGCCAUCAUUUGCUAGGAAGCUCAACCCAAAUGGUUUCACCCCAUUGCUCGUUGCAAUGCAUAAUAACCAAACCCUGUUGGUGCGCGAGCUACUUGCUGUUCAUAAGGACCUUGUCUGUGAACAAGGAAGGGGUGGCGUGAAUCCUUUACAUUAUGCAGCUCAAACAGGAAACCUCUUUCUGUUGGGCACAUUUUUAGCAGUCUGCCCCAAUUCUAUUGAAGAAGUGACCAGUCAAAGCGAGACUGCUCUACAUAUUGCACUGAAAAAUGACAAGUUAGAUGCUUUUCAGCUCCUGGUUGGAUGGCUUCGGCGGGCCGUGUUUAAAAACGCGGCAUUCUGGGAGAAGAGGAUACUGAAUUGGCUGGAUUUGAACGGUAACAGUGUGUUGCACAUUGCAGCAUCCAAAAAUGAACCCCAGGCAAGUUCUUAA